AUGUCCAAGCUCGACCUUGCUACCCAAGCUCGACCGUAUCGUAAAACCCUCGGGUCAAGCUCGAGAUUCAGCUUGAUUUUUGCCUCCAAGCUCGACCGUAUCGUAAAACCCUCGAGUCAAGCUCGAGAUUCAGGUUUGUCCAAGCUUGACCUCAGCUCCGUAGUCAAUGUCCAAGCUUGA